UCCGCCUCAAUCGUUCCCGUUUGUGAACUCACAACGCAUCGAAUCUUGUCACAUCUCCCACGAACAUGGCAUCAAGAGGCAGCCCUGUGCGGCAGCUGUUCCGCGCCAGACCAAGCGUUACGACGAGAGAAUGCCGAUGCGCUGCCAGACGCCAAUUUUCUGCCAGUCACCAGCACCGGACAGACGGCGUCUUCAGAGCAUUGACAGGAGAGCGUGUCCAAAAGCCAUGGAUCGAAGCCUUCCGGGAGCAACAAGCAGGCCAAAAGCAGCCGGAGCCUCCCAGCACUCCUGCAAAUCGCGACUUGACACCAAAGAAGAUGUCAGAUUCAUAUCAUAGCGUCGUCCUUCCCCUUGCGCAAGAGCCAUGGUUGCUAGACACGUAUAUGAAUUCGUCAGGCCAUAUUCGCAUUGGAACCAUUCUGAUGGACUUGGAUGCUCUUGCCGGUGUAGUGGCGUACAAGCACACAGGUGAUGCUGUCACUACGGUGACUGCAGCUUUCGACCGAAUUACGAUCGAGCACCCUCUUACCGAAGUCUGUGAUCUUGAAUACAGUGGACAGGUCACGUAUGCCGCAGGCCGAAGUAGUAUGGAGAUCACAUUGCAAGUCGCUAAAGCUCCACCCAAAGGUCAAAAGCCGAAGCCCGAAGAUGUCAUGAUGACCUGCCAAUGCACUAUGGUCUCUUUGGAUCCCGCUACAAAGAAGCCAGUGAAUAUCGCCGCCGUUCGCACCGACACUGAAGAAGAAAGGCGACUGUUCGAAGAGGGAGAGAAGAACGGACAGCGUCGCAAAGAACUGGCGAAACAUUCCUUACUCAAGCAGACGCCGAACGAUGAGGAGAGUGAUCUAAUUCAUGCCAUCUGGCAGCGACAGUUGCAAUAUCACGACCCCGCUGAUUCAAUGCGAAUGCCCUCAAAUGUGAUUGCCAUGGAUGCGACUCAACUCAGGACCGCCAGCAUCAUGCAGCCGCAGUACAGAAACAGGCACCACUUCAUGAUCUUCGGUGGCUUUCUGCUCAAACAGACCUUUGAGAUCGCGUUCUGCUGCGCUGCCAGUUUCGCCCACACACGACCGACUUUCGUAUCCCUUGAUCCCUCCACUUUCCAGAAUCCCGUACCUGUAGGAAGCGUCCUAUAUCUCACAGCGACAGUCGUCUACACGGACCCACCUCUCAUAUCAGGACAAUCCGACGAACAACAGACGACUGAAGGUCGAGCUCAGAAUGCAAAGACUCGUGUACAGGUGCGAGUGGACUCCAAGGUCAGAGAUGUCGAACACGGUGUGGCGAAGCCAACUGGACAGUUCAACUACACAUUCCUGGUAGACAAAGAUGUCAAGGUCGUACCGAGAACCUACACUGAAAUGAUGAUGUACGUUGAUGCGAGACGAAGAGCGAUGAGUGUGCGUGAAAAGGUUCAGCAUGGCGAUGCAGAUGCCGGAAGCACGGAGCGGAUUACCGAGUGAGGAAGCAACGUUGGCCUCUCGCAGGCCCGUUGUUUCCUCUGGUUUCUCAACGUCCUUGCACUUUGUCGUCCAGCUUCUCGCGCUGCGGCCGUUGCGUCGGGAAGGAACAGGAUCUGAGGGAGGUAUAGCCGUUGGAGCUU